AUGUUCCUGCAACGCUCCGCCAUCGCCGCGGCCCGCCGCGCCGCCGUCUCUCCCGUCGUCGCUCGCACCUUCACCACCUCGUUUGUUCGCCGUGAGGCUUCCAAGCCUGCCACCCCCAACGAGCAGGCUGCUGCCCUCGCCGGCUCUGCCGACAAGAAGGUCGGCGCCUACAAGACUCUGAAGGAGGUCCGCACUGAGGACGACCUCUUCGGUCCUGGUGCCCAGCCCGGUACCGUCCCUACCGAUCUCGAGCAAGCCACCGGUCUGGAGCGUCUGGAGAUUCUCGGUAAGAUGGAGGGUGUCGAUAUCUUCGAUAUGCGCCCUCUCGACGCCAGCCGCCUUGGCACGAUGGCCGAGCCCAUCAUCGUCCGAUCCGCCGGUGAGGAGCAGUUCGCUGGCUGCACCGGUUUCCCCGCCGACUCUCACAACGUUCACUGGCUCGGCCUCACCCGCGAGCGCCCCAUUGAGCGAUGCCCCGAGUGCGGCAGCGUCUACAAGAUGGACUACGUCGGCCCCGAGGAUGACCACCACCACCACCACCCUCCCGAGUUCGAGGAGCCCAAGACCUUUGCCGAUUACAUCAAGCCCGAGUACCGAUACCGAUAA